AAGUUUUCACCGCUCGGUCAAAUCUUUCGCAGUGCUCGUACGUGUCGGUCGUAUGUUCGAAGCUCUUGCGGGGUAAAACAGUUUUUUUUCUCUCAGCAGCAGCAGUGCCAGACAGCAGAAACUUUCUGCUUUGUCGACGCCAUAUUGGCAGUGGUGUAGGACAGUUCGUUCCUGCUGCCGUUCGUCGCGAUCUAGUGUGCAUUGUCCCUGAUUGCUGAUCCGCCGUGUGUGCGAAAUAAAAAUAUAAUUAGGGUGCAUCGAAGGAGGCGAUGCAAGUGCAAGUGAACCGGCUGCGAUUGAAGUGUCAAAAAGUUGGUAAUAAAACUGAUUGUUGAUUAGUGGGACGAUUGUUGAUAUUUUUUCGGGUGAAGUGAAGAGUGUUAGAAGACAUUUUUUCAAUAGUGAUAAGUGAAGUGUUGAUUUAGGCAUAGCUAGCUGAGAAAAACUCGGAACCAUGUCCGACGAAUACUAUGAUGAAGACGGGUUCCGUCUCGAGUUCGAAGACGACACAUCCGACCAGGAGAAGCAGUUUUUCAUGCGAGCCUUUCCGAAUGUGAACAAAAUCGCGGAACGCAAGGUGCAUUGCACGUCGUGCUACAUGCACAUCGGAACGGCCCCAAUCACGGAAGCCAUAAUCCGUAUGCAUCCGGUGCUGCGGGUCUCGCACUGCCGCAACUGCCACACCUUCUACAACAGUGGCGAGUUCGAUAAGGGCGAAGAUGGCAGCGAACUGUACUGCCGCUGGUGCGGACAGGGCGGCGAAGUGUACUGCUGCUCCAAGUGUCCAUACGUGUUCUGCAAGAAAUGUAUCGUGCAGAACUUGUCCCGUGCCUGCGUGCAGGACAUUUCACGCAACGACAACUGGCAGUGCUUCAGCUGUGCACCGAAAAUCAUGUGGCAUUUGCGGGCCCAGCACUGGGCGUUGGUCAACUACAUCGAGAAGCAGAAGAAAGACAUGAAAGACAAGAACCUCUCGGUGCAAACUAUCAAUAACUUGAUGAAGCAAGACAACACCACGUGUUGCAGUGGUAAAGGUCAAAACAAGAAGACUACUACUCCGAUUGCGCCCAAAAAAGCCGCCAAACGGCCAUCCGAUGCUACUGAUUUCUCACCGGGUGCUGCCAAAAUACCGGAUAACAAGCGGGCCACUCCUCGUCCGAUAAUGCCGGUACAUCAAGCUGCGGCCACUCCACCAUCUGCGAAGAAAGCCAAGACUGAUAACAACGAAGUUGUAUGCACUCCGGACAUCAUGAGCAUGUUUAUGAGUCCGGAGGAACCCCCACCAUUGGUGGCCGCAAGGACGCUACCACCGGCACCAAAGCCGACGCCACCAAAACCAACUCCACCUCAUCCAGUUAUGAAUACUACAGUCCCAGGUCGCCAAGUGGUUGUUCGGCCAGCCAUACCUGCUAAUCAGGCUCCCGUUACAAUGCGAAUGCCAACUAUGGCCAACCCCGCAAACACCGCUCCACCGCCAGUAUAUCAUACCAUCAAUGGCUACAGGAUCGACCUUCACACGGCUGCUCAACAGGGUACCUAUCGGCUGCCCAACGGCAAAUUGAUCCAGGUCCGUAAACAAGCUCCAUCAGCUCCUCCAACACCGACCGCGAUUCCUGCUGCCAGAAACAUUGCUCCGAAACCCAACACAUACUACAACCCAGUUAGCGUUGCUCAGGCCGCCCCAGUUCGCAUGACCAAUGGUGGCACCAACAUGCACAUCAAUAUCGCUCUUCAACAGCAACAGCAACUCCAAGAGCAACGUUUGCAGCAGCAACGCCAACAGCAACAACAACAGCAGCAACAGCAACAGAUGAUUCAACAGCAACGCCAACAACAGCUGUUGAUGCAGCAAGCUCAAUCGGGUCAACCGCAACCGACUAUCGUUGCUGGACAAAUCAAUCCUGCCCUUCAGCUGCCAACGUUGGCUUUGCUGCAGAACAUGGUCAACGGACCGCACGAAGAUUCGCCACUCGGCAAGUCUCGCAAGAACUUUGAAGGCAAGUUGCUGUCGGGUGUAGAAAUUUGUCAGCACAUUGUCAACAAGAUCAACACUCUGACCAACUCGAACUCGUUCAAGAACAUCCGCAACGUGCGGGAUCUCAAAGAGUUGUACAUUCACGUGUCCUACCUGCUAACGUAUGCCAUCGGGCGGUUCAAGACUCUGCAGGAGAAGUGCGUUGACGAUGUGAAGAAGAUGGGCUUCACCAAGGAGUCGGACUUUGUCAUGAUGGGCGAACAGAUUAGCAAUCGGAAUCCGGGCGAGGACAAGAGCGACGACGAGGAUGACUGUGAGAUCAUCGAGCAGAGCACAACGCUCAUUGAGCUGGAUUCCGAAGAUGAGGACGACGGUGGCAAGAAGAAGAAAGACGAACAGGCCAACAAGAGCGCACAGUGUCCGAUGGAAACGGAAGCUGCUGUGGCGGCUAUUUUGCAGGAGAAGGAUGAUGCUAAUACAUCCUCCGAACCCAUCUCGGUAGACAGCGAUGAGCGGAUCGUUCCAGCGGAAAAUGAAUAUCCAAACAAAGACGAUUCGGCAGCGGCGGCGGAUCAACCCGAACCAGAGAUUGUGUCCUCGGAAGAUACCAGCGGCGCAAAGGAGGUUAUUUCCGUGGAUUCGACCGAAACGAUCGCCGAAAAGGCUAACGUUGACAGUAAUAAGAGCGACGAUGAUCUGGUCGAAAUUGUCGAUGGAGAUGACAAGGUUGAAUCGCAUGGGGAAGCUUCAGCUAAACCCGAUGAAGCUGCAGCCGCUUCGAGAGACGGUGAAGAUGCAAACAAAGAUGUGGUGGAAAUCAGCGAAUCCACUGAUGCUGCGCAAGCACAAAAUAAGGAAAAUGAUACUACAGAUAAGGAGAGUGAAGCCGCUGUUGCAGUAUCUGAAGGAGAUAGAGAAGAAGACAAACAAGAAACCACCGAUGCUACUGAUCAUGGCGAAUCUGAGCAAGAAAAAACAGAAGACGUUGCAGAAGCCUCUGCAGACAAAGAGGAGGAUGUUGCAAUCGUUUCAGAUCAAGAAAAGCAAGAAUCUCCGGAAGCCGAGGUUUCAGAUGAGAACAAAUCCAACGAAGAGCAAGAUACGGAGAUGGAAUCUGCUGAGGUCGAGAAGACGCCGGAGGUUGAAUGCGUUGAAACCAGUAAAGAGGGUGAAAACGAGAACAAAGAAAACGAACUGCCUAAGGAAGAAGAUUCGAAUACAGCGCAAGGCGAUGAAGCAGUAGUGGAAAAGGAAGCUGAGGAAAACGAUGUAGUGGUGAUGGAAAAGGAAGGCGAUGAAAAGGAUGAAAACGAUGCUGGUGAGCAAGCGGAACAUUCAGAGGCAAUGGAGGUAGACGCACAACCUGAACCUGAAGAUAAAAUUGAGAGCAAUUGCGUAGCAGACGCAGAGCCGAAACCAAGUGAAUCAGAAGAUACGCCAGCGUCAACCGAAAUCGCUGAGGAAAAUUUGCAGAUUGAGUCUACUGCUGAACAAUCCCCAGAAGAUGAGUCUAUUCCUGAACAAUCCCCUGACGACCAGAGUGAAGUCGAGGCCCCUGAAGUCGCUACCCAUGAACCGGAACCUGCAAUCGCUGAGAGUCAUGUUGAAGCAUCAAAUGAUGAUCCUCUAGCUGAGCAGCCCGACUCCGAAUCCCAAACACCACAAAUUGUUGCAGUAGAAUCCUUAGUAGAUUUUGAGGCUGAGCAACCCACUGUCGAGACGCCUCCCGCUGAAGAAACAUUAGUGGAAGAAUCCUCUUGCAAUAAACCUUCUGCCAUCGAGGCUCCAGUGGAACCAACUUCGGAUGCGGCCACAGAUGCCGUUGAGACUCCCGUUGAAGAAAUGCUUGAUGCCCCAACGGGCAAUGAACUUCUUGCACAGAUCGAAGACUCCUUCCUGAAACUCCAGGAAAUGAUUGAAUCCACUGAAGAAGCGACCGAAGAAGCGUCUGCGAAUCAACCUACGGCGGUGGAUCAAAUGACGGAAGCAGCGGUUGAAGCACCAUCUGCCCAAGAGACUGAGAAUGAGCAGAUGGAAGUGGAUGAAGAAGAAUCUUCAGAACCAGCAGCAACUUCGGCUAUGGCUACGCCUGAAGAAGAGUCGCUGGGAGCAACUUCCGAAGGAGCCGGUAGCUCAGCGGCAGAAGACAAAGUGGAGCAACAACUUUUGGCGGAUUGCAACGGAGUGCUAGAGGAAAAUGGCACAAGUAAUUUCAACGGGAUCGAUGGCGAGCUGGAGGAGAUGGCAGAUGUGCUUGGUGAUGAGAUGCUGGAGAUCAGCAAAAUGGCGACAGCAGCCGAGGUCGAGAAUAUUAACUCUCCAGAGAUGAUUAGUGGUGAUUAUUAGGUGACAUAAACCAAGUUGUACAAAAUCCUUUUGCGCGUAGAUGAUAAAUAAGUAACGAGACGUAAUGACUGUCUCUUAGUUUUAUAUAAAUUUGGACUAGCUCAGUAAGUAGUGUAACACUACUUUACAAUGAUAUCUUUAAUACCUUAUAAACGAACAUUUAACAAAAAUUCAACAACUAUUGAAAUCAAAUUAUCGGUUUAGAUCGUAAGGCAUAAUCGCUUUUUUAAUUUAACGUUAUUUGCCUUUAGGGUACAUUUUUGAAUAUCUGUCCGUAGCUAUCAGUAUCUAAGCAUACUUUGCUUUAGAGCAUUUUUUAUUUGAUCAGCUAGAAUUAUAGUAAUGAUUAUGGUAUUCGAUCAACUUAGAGCACAUUAUAGUAAUUUAUGUCUGAAGGACUCACAUUGAAAUGAACUAUGUAGUCACUAAGGUAAACCUACACAGCAGAAUAAAGUACAUUAAACGUCGUAUGAAUGUCA